AUGAGUCGCACAGGGAGGGAUCUCAUCUCCCUUGAUGCGCCUCAUAUGUCAUUGAAGUACCUGGGAGACCCUAAGGGACCAGGAUCCUUCUUUUAUGUCGGAGGCGGGAAUGGUGAAAAGCUGGUUAGCUUGUACUGCAUGAAAAGAGGAUGGAGAAGGAUUCAGAACAGCAGCAGAACGGACUAUAAAUUGAAAUGGUGUUCCAUCAAGCAACCUGCUAACUAUGACGCCUUUCGGGAAGGGAAGCAAUUGCUUUACCAAAUCCCGAAUAACAGAAUAUUCACCACCAAAAUUGGUCUCUUAAACUGCUUAAGAGGCUAUGAAAAAUAUGAGAGCAUAACAGGCAAACUGUGGAAUUCAAGGGUUCUGAAAAUGGCAGAUUUUGUUCCAGAGACAUACCGCCUGGACGUACCAUCAGAGAGAGAACAAUUUUUUGCCACUUAUAAUGCAUCUGAAACAUGGAUUUGCAAGCCCACGGGUCUGAAUCAGGGAAUUGGAAUUUUCCUGCUUCAGAAUCCACGGCAGGUGAUUGACCUGCGAUGCAAGUAUGAACCCCCACGUGAUGCUGACAGGAUUUCAAAGGGCAUCUCAGACCAGGCCAGGAUUGUUCAAAGAUAUAUACCCAAUCCGUUACUUUUGGGUGGACGUAAAUUUGAUGUGAGGGCAUAUAUGAUCAUUGCCUCUACCGUACCCUAUAUUGUCUUCUUUCGCCAUGGUUACGUGCGCCUCACAUGUAACAAAUAUGACUCCAAAUCGACUGACCUCAUUGGCCAUCUUACUAACCAGUACAUGCAGAAGAAGCAUCCACGUUAUGAGGAGCUUAAGGAAGAAACAAUCUGGUCUAUGGAGAGAUUCAACAGCUAUGUCAACAAAGUGUUUGCUUCUGAUAAAGGUCUACCUAAAGACUGGGUGCUUGACGUAUUCACCAAAAAGAUGCAGGUGAUAAUGACACAUUGUUUCAAAACCUUCAAAUCAAAGCUUGCCUGCCGUCGGGGAUACUUUGACCUCAUUGGCUGCGACUUCUUGAUUGAUGAAAACUUUCAGGUGUGGCUGCUGGAAAUGAAUUGCAACCCAUCCUUGGACACCAGCUCCGAGGUUCAGAAGGAGGUUAUCCCAGAGGUUGUUAAAGACACACUGGACUUGACAAUUGAAAUCUUUAAAAAAUCAAAGGGUGAACCUAUUCUUCCUUUAAAAACUCAGACCCCAUGCGUACUUCUGUACAAUGGUGUCCUGAAUGAGGAAUUGGUGAAAUUCAAUUGGCCAAGAAAUUCCAGCUCGAUCACAGUUCAGAAAGAACCUGUGAAGAAUGUGGUGAAGCUCCCCCCAAUUGGUCGAGCUUCCAAGAGCAAAUGUGUCAGCAACAGAGCAAUCCCAGGUACCUCCAAGACAACAAGACCAACAGCAGCAAUGACCCCAGUACACACCAAGAAGAGUAAAUGUGUCAAACUGCCACCUGUAGCAAAACCAGCACCUAGGAGUAAGACCUUAGCUGUUCUGCCAGGUAUAGGACAAGUGAGGAACACAUCUAGUCGGACUGCCCCUCCAGAAAACCCCCAGGCCUCUAGAUGUAAACUACCAAAGAUCUCUAAGAAGAGCUGA